GGUGGAGGCUCUCGAGGGGGUCGCGGCGGGGGAUGAGCUGAUCGCGGGUGAAUACGCCGCGGACCGGCCGGAGAGGCCGUGGGGAGCCGCGUUUCUCGGAGUCGCCGCCCUGCCCUUGGAUUCGAGACCAUGUCCAUUCACAUCGUGGCGCUGGGGAACGAGGGGGACUCCUUUCACCAGGACAGUCGGCCGUCGGGGCUCAUCCGCACGUACCUGGGGAGAAGCCCGCUGGUCUCCGGGGACGAGAGCAGCUUGUUGCUGAACGCGACCGGCAGCAGCGUCGCGCGUCCCGUGUUCACGGAGUAUCAGGCCAGCGCGUUCGGAAACGUCAAGCUGGUGGUCCACGACUGCCCCGUCUGGGAUGUUUUUGACAGCGAUUGGUACACCUCUCGGAAUCUAAUUGGGGGCGCCGACAUCAUUGUGAUCAAAUACAGUGUGAAUGACAAGAUUUCAUUCCACGAAGUGAAGGAUAAUUAUAUCCCAGUGAUAAAAAGGUCAUCAAAUUCAGUUCCAGUGAUUAUUGCCGCCAUUGGGACCAGACAGAAUGAAGAAUUACCUUGCACGUGCCCUCUGUGCACCUCAGACAGAGGGAGCUGUGUCAGCACAACGGAAGGGAUCCAACUUGCUAAAGAACUAGGAGCCACCUACCUGGAGCUGCACAGCCUUGACGACUUCUAUAUAGGGAAAUAUUUUGGAGGAGUGUUGGAGUAUUUUAUGAUUCAAGCCUUAAACCAGAAGACAAGUGAAAAAAUGAAGAAAAGGAAAAUGAGCAACUCGUUUCAUGGAAUUAGACCACCCCAGCUUGAACAACCAGAAAAAAUGCCCGUCUUAAAGGCUGAAGCAUCGCAUUAUAACUCCGACUUAAAUAACUUGCUGUUCUGCUGCCAGUGUGUGGAUGUGGUAUUUUACAACCCAGAUUUAAAGGAGGUUGCAGAGGCCCACAAGAUCGUUCUCUGCGCCGUGAGCCAUGUUUUCAUGCUGCUUUUCAACGUGAAGAGCCCUGCUGACAUUCAGGAUUCCAGUAUCGUCCGAACUACUCAGGAUCUCUUUGCUGUCAACAGAGAUACUGGGUUUCCAGGUGCUAGCCAGGAGUCUCUGGGCAACCCGCCAUUGCCUGUCAUUGUUAAAGACGCCCUCUUCUGUUCGUGUUUAUCGGACAUUCUGCGCUUCAUUUAUUCAGGUGCUUUCCUGUGGGAAGAAUUGGAAGAAGAUAUCAGGAAGAAGUUAAAAGAUUCCGGGGAUGUUUCAAAUGUAAUUGAGAAAGUUAAAUGCAUUUUAAAAACACCAGGAAAGAUUAAUUGCCUAAGGAAUUGCAAAACCUAUCAAGCCAGAAAACCUCUGUGGUUUUAUAACACUUCCCUCAAGUUUUUCCUGAAUAAGCCAAUGCUUGCUGAUGUUGUCUUUGAAAUACAAGGUACGACGGUGCCGGCCCACAGGGCCAUCCUGGUGGCGCGCUGUGAGGUGAUGGCAGCCAUGUUUAACGGGAAUUACGUGGAAGCAAAGAGCAUUCUGAUCCCAGUUUAUGGUGUUUCCAAAGAGACUUUCUUGUCCUUCUUAGAGUACUUAUACACAGACUCCUGUUGCCCAGCUGGCAUUUUCCAGGCCAUGUGCCUCCUGAUCUGUGCUGAGAUGUAUCAGGUGUCCAGACUGCAGCACAUCUGCGAGCUGUUCAUCAUCACCCAGCUACAGAGCAUGCCCAGCAGGGAGCUGGCGUCCAUGAGCCUCGACAUAGUCGACCUGCUCAAAAAAGCCAAGUUUCACCACUCUGAUUGCCUUUCAACCUGGCUACUUCAUUUCAUUGCCACUAACUACCUCAUCUUCAGUCAAAAGCCUGAAUUUCAGGAUCUUUCAGUGGAAGAACGCAGUUUUGUUGAAAAGCACAGAUGGCCAUCGAAUUUGUACUUGAAGCAGCUUGCGGAAUACAGGAAGUAUAUUCACUCCCGGAAAUGUCGUUGCUUAGUGAUGUAACCUGGCGCUUUUGUAUACAUACACUUUUCAAAAAUAUUAUUAUGAAGAAUGGGAUACCUCUGGGUUCCAGUAAAUUCUUGUGACUGAAACAUGGGCGUUAAAAAACAAACAAAAUAUAUAUAUAUAUGAAUAUAUAUAUAUAUUAUGGUGUUAAAUAUUACCAUACAGCUUAAUGAGUUUACUAGCUCUCUUUGACAAAAACUGUUGUGAUCCUAAAAGGGAACAGCAUACACCAUAGGCUAAAUCUAAGGCUUUACCCUAGUGUGUAAAGCUGUUAUACAGCUACUUACCCCCUUGAAGAUGGCCUAUUGCUUUAGUAACAUUAAUACCCUCCCCAGUUAAGAAAUGUGUAGCUUAAAAAAAUCAUGUAGGAUUAAUACUGAUAUUUUAUCAUGUCUGAUUAAUUGCUCUGUUAAAAUAAGGGGCAUUUAAAGACCUAGUCUGACUAUUUCUGUAAUGAAAAAUCUAGGGGAAGACUGACCAAUCUGAGACUUUAGGAAUCAAAGGUUGUCUGCAAUUUUGAAUGUGAAAUGACACUUAGUUCCAAAUCAGUGACAGCGUUUGAACGAUCAUGAAAAAAAAUUCUGUUUUUUUAUCUGAACAGCCCAACUGAGCCACUUUGUCUCCUCCCUGGGAUUCCGAUUAGGCAGGAAGUCUGAACAGAGAUGACUCUACAGCCACGCCACCUGUGCAGGGGGACAGGGCUACAGGCUUAAAUGGGCCCCUGCCUGUUCAGUGCUCUUCUGUCACUGCCUUGACAUUCAUAAUAAUGUUUGAAGAAGGGCCCUGCCUCUCCACGUGGUACUGGACCCCCCCAAUCACGUCAGUCUCGUAGCGGGAUAGGUACUACGUUUUCUCGCUCAAACAUCCGUGUCCCUGGACGCAGAAAAGAGGUGCUGCUGUCCGGGGAAGAGCAGAGGCUUUCUGAAGGGAAAGCAUGUGGGGGGGGGGGGUUCUGGGAUCUCUCGGGAGAUCCAUCCCACCCAGGGCCUCUGCUGCCACUUGACCGACCAGUGAGAAACGCCUUCUGUUAUCUUGUCUUUAAACACUCACGGUUCUAUGUCUGUCACAGCCCAGCACAUACUUUCUCAUUCAUUCUGAAAGGCCAGGGUAUUGGUAAAAGUGACUGACCAGUGGGACUUUAAUAUGUAUUUAUAAAGAUACUCAUGGGAAAAAGUGCUUUUUUAGAGAACUUGCUGUUGAAGCCUCCGAUGUUUUUGUUUUAGUGUGUUUACUAAGAUUAGGAUGUUGGUAGCUUGGAUUGUUUCUGAGGACCACAAGGUUAUUUGAUGGGGAGUAGCAUGAAUUUUGUCCUUCCAGAUUACCCAGUGAGUAAAAAGAAAGGCUAGAAGUGAAAGGCUUGUUACAAGUAGAGAAAAUGGUACUAGGAUAGAGGACAGAAUUAUAAAUUCUCUUGUAUUGCGUGUGAACAGAAUAAUUACACUAGAAACUCACAAACAGAGAGAGGGCAAACCUGAUUACUAUUACUGUGCUAUUGUUAGUGUCAUUUUCAUCUGUAAAAUAAUUCAGUGGUGGAUAUAUUUUUCUUCUAAUUUCCAGCUAUUUUAGAAUAUGUAUAGUUUUCCAACUGCUCCAAGGUUUGAUUAAACAGUUUUAUACUACAGUAUUGGAAUCACACACAGUUAGUCCUUGGGUGCACACCAGCACUGUCAGACUGAAACAAUGAAAUUUCCCUACCUAUUUCUUCCAAGAAACCUGAUUUUAAUUGAAUUGUGUUGGUGAAGAUUACUAUAAUGCAUUUGAUGGUUUUUGUAUUUUAAUCACUUGAGUGAAUCAGCUGUUGGCGAAUCCCACUUGAUAUGGACCAGCAUUGUAAAGAAUAGAGACUGUGGUAGAUUUCUAGAAAUCCAUUCACAUUCAAGAACUUUUAAAAUGCAGUGAUAGCAUUUGGUUCUUCAUAGGCUAUUCUUACCCCUAUGUUAAUUAGAGCGCUUAAAGUUCUAAAUCAGUAACUUUUAAUCUAGGAAAUUGAAAAAUAAAAGUUCAAAAGUAA